CGGGGCGGGGCUUCCCGCGCGGCGCGUGACGCGGCCCUCCCCGGAGCCAUGGGGGGCCGCCGCGCGUUCCCCCGCGUGUGCGCUGCGUGGUGGCCCCCGCGUGGGGUCUGCGCGGGCCGGGGCGGCGACGCUGGACUCCAGCUGCCAGUUCGCGGCUUCAGCAAACGGCCGGGGCCCCUGGGGUGCCAGCCCUUCCCGGGGCAGCUUCGGCCAGAGCACCUCAGUCGCGAGGAGCUGGUCGUUGUGUUGAGGGCGGCUGUCCUGGACCAGAAAGGGCCUCUGGUGACACUGAACAAGCCCCAGGGUCUACCUGUGACAGGGAAGCCAGGGGAGCUGACGCUGCUCUCGGUGCUGCCAGAGCUGAGCCAGGCCCUGGGGCUCGGGAAACAGGAGCUCCAGGUUGUCCGAGCAUCUGCGAAGGAGACCUCUGGGCUUGUGCUCCUGUCCGCCUGCCCCCAGACAACCAGCCGCCUCCGGAAGUUCUUCAUCCACUCGCGAAGCGCCCAGAAGCCCACAGCCACCUAUUGUGCUGUCACUGAUGGGAUCCCAGCUGCUUCUGAGGGGAAGAUCCAGGCCGCUCUGAAACUGGAGCACAUGAACGGUGUCGAUCUCGCAGUUCCGGUGAGGUCUGCAUCCCGAAAGGACAUCCUGGACGGUGUCAAGAGGACACUGAGCCACUUCCGCGUGGUGGCCUCGGGCUCUGGCUGUGCCCUGGUCCAGCUGCAGCCAGUGACAGCCUUCCCCUGCCAGCUGCAGGUCCACAUGGCGCUGCAGCUGUGCCCUGUGCUCGGGGACCACACGCACUCUGCCCGCGUGGCCUCCGUCCUGGGCCGGCGCUUCCUGCUGCCAGCUGAGAGCACCAGGCCCCACGGACAGGUGCUGGACGCCGCCCUCCUCAGGCGCCUGGGCCUGACCCCGGCGCAGGCGGCCCUGCUGCCUCUGCACCUGCACCUGCACCGCCUGCAGCUCCCAGGUGCCGGGCCCAGGGACGCCCCCACGGCGCUCCUGGCACCCCUGCCUGCGUAUUUCUCCCGGACCCUCCAGCGUCUCGGGCUCCGCCUGCAGUAGCCUCGGCCCGUCCUGCUGCUGCCGCUCCCGCUCCCAGCGGUGGGGUGGGACACCACAGCCCGAGGAGGCUGACCGCAGCCCGAGGAAGCUGACCGGUGCCUAAGGAGGCCGACCGCAGCCCGAGGAAGCUGACCGGUGCCUAAGGAG